UCUCUGCAAAAAAAGAGUAAAAAAAAAAAAAAAAAAAAUUGGACGAGAUGAAGCUAGUUUGGUCGCCGGAAGCGGCGUCGAAAGCCUACAUCGACACCGUUAAACGAGGGAAUGGAGGUCAGAAACCCGGCGAUGCAGAGUUCUUGGCCGCCAUGGCCGCCGGCUACAACGUCAAGCUUAUAGUGGAGGUGCGGCGGAGCAUGAACGGCGGCGGCGGGAUAGGUACGAGUGUAGGGCUGGCAGUGGCGGCGGGGUACACCGGCGGCCGGCACGUGUGCGUGGUGGCGGAUGAGGCGGCGAGGCGAGACUAUAUUAGCGCCAUGCAAGAAGCCGACGUGGCGGCUUUGCCGGAGGUGGUGGUGGUGGAGGGGGAGGCGGAGCGGAUGGUGGAGGGGCUAGAAGGGGUGGAUUUCCUCGUCGUCCAAGGGCGGGGCGGCGGCGGCGAAAUUUUCCGGCGAGCUAAGCUGAGCCGCCGCGGGGCGGUUUUGGUGUACAAAGAUGGGAGUAAAAAAACGGCGGCGAGUUCGAGAUUUUGCUGGGGCGGAACCGUGGACGGCGGUAACCUACGUAUCGUGAAAUCGGUGAGCCUUCCAUUGGAGAACGGGUUGGAGAUCGCAUAUGUCGGCGAGAAUGAUGGGAAAACAUUAAAAUCUCCGAAACGUUGGAUUAGGCGCAUUGAUCUGGAGUCCGGUGAGGAGCAUGUGUUUCGACGAUGAACUCAUCAGAUUUUUUGGGUUCUUCCGACAACCUUAUAAUCUCCGAGCAUGCAUAUAUAUAUAAAUAUAUCUCAAAAACCUUCUUGAUAAUUUUGAAUCUGUAAUAAGUACUGUAUAUACUAUUUUGAUGCCGGUGAAAUCUUGGCCAAUUGCAUGCCUGGCUGAGAUUGAGGCUUUAAGGAUAUAUAUGUACCCAAUAUAUAUUAUGUUUAGUUUAAUCACAUGUCGAGUCUCUUGAUCUUAAAGAAUGACUUGUCUUGGUU